CCCACCAUCCAGAGGGCGACAACAUAGAGCACAGUGGACCGACCACUCGAAACUCGAACCCAACAAAGCAGAGCCAUCGAAGAAGCAGAAGCUCAUCUCAAUCUCGGAGGAGGAGCCCAAAGAUGCAGAAGACUAAUAAAUCAGCGUUUUCAGCCCUCAAGCUCUUCCUACUAUCACUCACUCUCUGUCAUCUGAGAUUUGGAAUCGCCGAAGAAGAAGGAUUCUGCUCUGCAUCGUUCGUCUCCAAGUCCUGCCCCAACUCGCAGCCUCUCUACUGGAAAGUCACCAACCCUACUCUUUCUCCCUCUCAGUUACAAGAUUUGCCCGGGUUUACUCGUAGUGUUUAUAGAAGUGAUCACGCUUUAGUUACCCCCGAAAGUCACGUGUUUAGCCCUUUACCAGAUUGGACAAAUACACUGGGAGCUUAUCUUAUCUCACCUGCAGCUGGGGCACACUUUGUUAUGUACAUAGCAAAGAUGCAAGAAAAUUCAAAAUCAGGGCCCCCUCCACCUGAUGUAGAGAGGUUCUUGUUUGUUGUUGAGGGUACAGUGACACUCACUGACAUAUCAGGUGUUAGCCACAAACUCAUGGUGGAUUCAUAUUCUUAUUUACCUCCAAAUUUAGAACAUUCUGUCAAGUGUCAAGCAUCUUCCACUCUUGUUGUGUUUGAAAGAAGGUAUGCCUACCUGGAAAAUUAUAUUACUGAACAGGUUGUUAAUUCAACAGACAAGCAACUCAUUCUACAAACUCCUGAUGAGGUUUUCGAACUCAGGAAGCUGCUUCCUGCUUCUGUGGCUUACGACUUCAACAUCCAUAUCAUGGACUUCCAACCAGGAGAAUAUCUUAAUGUAAAGGAAGUCCAUUAUAAUCAACAUGGUUUAUUGAUGUUAGAGGGCCAGGGGAUUUAUCGCUUGGGUGAUAGCUGGUACCCCGUUCAAGCCGGUGAUGCUAUUUGGAUGGCACCAUUUGUACCUCAGUGGUAUGCUGCACUUGGUAAAACCAGGACGCGCUAUCUGCUUUACAAAGACGUAAAUAGGAACCCACUGUAACUCAUCUCCUGUUUACCAUGGCCAUGAGAUUCCAAUGAUCGGAUCCUGUCAUCAAGAGGUAUGUGAUGAAGCCAAGUUUCUGCCUUGUGGGUUUUGUGGAUAUUGCAUGGAAUGGAUCAUCAAUCGAAUUGAUGGAUUGAAUAACAGUGCUGGGAACUGGAGAGGAUAAAAUGAUUAAAUGCAUUCGCAAAUGACAACAAACUUGGACAUCACUUAACAGAUGCGAUAUAAUAUUCCAGGCAUGUCGUUUCAAUUUUUCUCUUUUUCUAGUGUUCUUUUUACUGAAGUUGCAUGUUGAUUUUCAAGUGGUAUUGGAGUGGGAAAAACUUUGAGUUGAA